AUGGAGUCAGUUGCAUCAUAUGUAGUAUUUUACUUGCACACUAUGGGCUAUGUACUUGCAAUACUGAUUACCAGUAGCUGUACAUUUGUCCACACAGGUGAAGGGGAUUCGUAUCGUUUGGAUAUUUCUCCUGGUUUGACAAAAUAUUACGUCCCUUUGUGUGAAGAUUCAGUUAAACCGUUUGUGGGGAAGGUUUUUCCUGAUUUGGAUACUGGGGUUGAAUUCUAUACUAAAUAUGCAUCGAUUGUUGGGUUUGAUGUUCGACUAAGUCACUUGUCAAAAUGUGAUGAUGGGACCACUGUUUGGAGGUAUGUUCUUUGUAAUCGAGAGGGUCAUAAGCAUGUUGUUUGUAAAGAUAAAUCGUCAGUAGCAGAAUUGGAUGGUGAUGCGGAGUCUUCGGUUAAAAAGAGGAGGAGAUUUUCAAAUAGGGUUGGGUGUGGGGCUUGUGCUAUUUUUAGAUAUGGAGGCGAUGGCACUUAUGUUAUUCACAGGUUUGAAGAGCGUCAUAACCAUUCAUUGACAUCAGUAAUGUCAAGACAGUUUUUGAAGAUGAAUAGAAAGGUUGGACCUGGUCAUAUGAAGUUUGUUGCUGAUUGUGGAAAAGUGAACAUUGGUCCAGUGCAGAGUUUUCGAUUGUUUGGUGAGAUGUUUGGUGGGCUGGCAAAUGUUGGUGCAACAAGUUUGGAAUUUCGGAAUAUUAAAAGGGAUGUGGACGCAUUUUCUGCUAGGGUUGAUGCUCAGAUGAUUACAAACAGGUAUGAUGUGGUGUUUACACCAUUUACUGGUGUUAAUAAUCAUAAAAAGUCUAUUACUUUUGGGGCUGGGUUGUUGACAAAAGAGGAUAUUGAGUCAUAUGUGUGGUUGUUUGAGAAAUUUAAGGAAGCGAUGGGUAGUGAGCCAGUAUUGGUUGUUACUGAUCAAGAUCCAGCAAUGAGGGUUGCAUUUCCACGUGUGUUCAAGGAAGCUAAGCAUAGGUUUUGCAUGUGGCACAUUAUGUCCAAGGUAGGAGAUAAGGUUGGCCCUUCAUUGAGUAAAAACGAGAGUUUUAGGUCAAAGUUAAAUUCUGUUGUAUGGAGUCAUUAUUUGGAACCAGCUGAAUUUGAUCAUCAAUGGAAGGUUGUCAUGGAGGAGUUUGGGUUGUUGGAGCAUAGUUGGUUUGUCAAGAUGUAUGAUCUUCGUCAUCUUUGGAUUCCUGCAUACUUUAGUGAUGUUAGUAUGAAUGGGUUAAUUAGGACUACUUCCCGGUCGGAGAGUGAGAAUAGUUUGUUUGGUUCCUUUACUACUCCUCAGUCCAACUUGGUUGAAUUUUUCAUGCAUUUUGAUCGUGCGAUUGAUAGUCAACGCUAUUCUAUUAAUAAACUCAACAGUGACUCAGAGGCAUGUUUUCCAGAUUUGAAGACACCACUGUCCAUGGAGAAACAUGUUGCAUAUGUGUAUACUCUUACAGUUUUUUAUUUGGUGCAAGCUGAGAUUUGUGCAGCAUGUUUUAGCUGUCGAGUUCUAAAUGUUCGGGAUGACCAAGGGAUUUUGUAUUAUGAUAUUAAAGACGAAAAUGACCGAGUGUUUAGGGUGGUGCUUAAUGUUGCUGAAGUAAUAGCUUCAUGUGGAUGUAAAUUGUUUGAAAGGGUAGGGUUGCUUUGUAGGCAUAUUUUUGUAGUUUUCAAAGAUUUGAACUUGAAUUCAAUUCCACUAGUCUAUGUAGUUAACAGGUGGACCAAGAGUGCAUCACUGGGUCAAUCUUUUGAUAUUGAUGGUGUUGUUGUUGAUCAAUGUAGAGGUGUUGAUGAGAAGUUGUCUGACAUUGAUCGUUUGAAAGGGUUUUCCCAGAUCAUUAAGGACCAUAAGGAUAUGCUUUUGGCUGAUAAGGAUGGUUGUUCUUCUACUGUUGAUAAGAGGUCAGUCAUCGAGUCAAUAUGUGGUUCUUCAGUCCCUUCUGAAGUUUCCAUUCUUCCACCAAACAAAGCAAAGAAUAAGGGUAGUGGUAGGCGCAUUAAAGGUUGCAAGGAGAUUGCCAUUGAACAAAGUAAGAAUGAGAGGACGUGCAAGACUUGCAACAAACCUAAUCAUGAUAGUAGGAAUUGUGUGUUGAGGAAAACGAAGGACAAGGUGUGCGGUUUACAGAUACUCUAG